AUGGAGGGCGAAAACGUCGAUUCCACCGACCAUUUGUCUCCUUCCAGUGAAAAAAAAUGCCGUGAAUCGGCCAAUUCCGCGGCUUCGACGCGAUUGCGUGCGGCCGAGGCGGUUUUGUUUCCCUGCGCGCACCACCACCGCGCGGUGGUUCUCUGCACCGCCGCCGGGAAGGCCGCGAAAAAAGGCCGACCCGCCGUCAUGGGGGGGACGGUUUUUUGGAUUACCUGCCCACACCUCAACAACGUGAUUGCUCGGAUCGAGCGAAAUGGCGGGGUCAAGGCCGCGGCCCAGGUUUUAUCACGCCAACCCACCGCCAUGGCUAAACAUUUCGCAUCCCACGUGCGAUAUACCGAACGCGUCAAGACGCUGCUGACGGCUCAGCAGUGGGAUUUCUUUCUUGCCCAUUUUGUUGAACCCGAGAAAGGGUCGAGUCGGCUGUUUGGGAAUGCGGCCGUGAGCCACGCGGAUGAUGUCAAAUGCCUCCACGCAUGGGUCGCCCAGGCUUUGGCUCGAGCAGCGAAUCCGAUUGGGGAAGGAAUUAUUAAUUUGAUCUUGUUUUUCCACUUGCUCAUCAGUGAUUAUCGCAAGGGGGUCGACAGCGAUGAUAAUGACGCUUCUUUGAAGCACUAUAUGGAUUCUCCCAUUCCCCUUUAUGAUUUUCUAACACAAGCCUUUUCUCAGGAUACAAAAAGCGAGCGAGAGAUCGAAUUCACGAUUGGUAAUGAGCCAAAAAGGGUAUCAUAUUCGUGGAUUAGUGAUCCUGUGGUGUUGGAGGCUCUCCAAAUUGAUCUUUGUCAACGUUGCUUAGACGUGUAUUUAUUCUUAGAAGGGCGAUCCCCUCGCGUUUCCUCAAAGCGUCGUUUAAACUAA